AGUCGUCAGGGCAGUGUGUGACCCAUGGCACGUGUGAAUGGAAUGGCAGCGAGGACCCUGUCACGUCGUGCAACGCAAAGCACGUCAGCCAGGAAGCACCUGGCAGAUGAGAGGCAGGUUUGAUCCCAAAGAGCUCCAAAACAAGCCCAAGCACUCGCUGGUUCAAACGGUCGAUCGUCUCAGGCGAGACGGUCUCUUGAGCAUCAAGGAGUGCUCGACAGCAAUCAAUGCUCUCGGUCGUGCUUCUGCGUGGCCGGAGGCCCUUGGUCUUCUCUGCGGCUUACGUAGUGACAGCCUGGAGCCCAGCAGCAUCACCUACGGCGCAGCGCUGGGGGCUGUGCCUUCCUGGAGUAUCUGCUUGUCGCUGAUCGGUCAAGCUCUUCAAGCAGGCACCCCCACGGGUCCAAUUCACAUCACUGCUCUCAUCAAGUCGCUAUCCAAAGGUUCGGAUUGGGCCAGGAGCAUGAUGGCAUGGCAGGAGGUGCGGGACUGCAGCAUGCUUGAUCCCCGUCUGAACUCUGCCACCAUUACGGCCCUGCGCGGGGAGCGCUGGACUGUCGCAGUGUGGCUGCUGAAGGAGGCAAUGUGCUCAGUGCCACCCGACAUUGUAAACUUCAACGCUGCGAUCAGUGCUUGCGAGAAGGGCCAGCAGUGGGAACAGGCCCUGACCUUGCUGGAUGCUGCUGGGGGUCUCAGGGUGCAGGCUGAGACAAUCACCUUCAGUGGUGCCAUCAGUGCCUGCGAGAAAUGCCGGCAGUGGGAGAGGGCCUUGGCAAUGUUGGGCCAAUUGAAGAGGAGCAGAUUGACCGCAGACACAAUCAUUUACAGUGCUGCAAUCAGCGCGUGCGAGAAGAGCGGGCGCUGGCAGCAGGCGGUGCUGGUGCUGCAGCAGAUGCUGGAAGAACGCGUGCCCACGGAUAUGGUCCUCUACAGCGCUGUGAUGAGCGCCUGCGAGAAAGGCCGGCGCUGGGCAGAAGCGCUCUACCUUCUCAAAGAGGCCCUCAGGAAGUUCAGGCCUGAAAUCACGCCCUACAACGUCGUGAUCAGCGCCUGUGCUCCAGGCGGCCAAUGGGAGGUAGCAGUGCAGCUCUUGUCGGAAGCGGCGGACCUGGGGGUGGACGUGCGCACCGCCAGCAGUGCAAUCUCUGCGUGUGCAGAGGCCAAAGCCUGGGCGCCGGCCCUGGCCGUGUUGGCGGAUAUGCGCCAGCGGUCUGUGAGGCCCAACAUCAAGGUCCUCAACGCCGCAGUGGGAGCGUGUGAGGCGCCUGGCGUUGCGCUGGGCCUCUUGCAGGAGAUCCGUUCCGCAGACUUGGAGCCGGACAUUCUGUCGUAUGUCGCGGCAAUCGAGGCCAUUGCUGACAGGGGCAUCUCAUCGUGGCGGAGCGCAGAGGCUGUCGCUUGCCUGGUUGGGACUGCAUGUGCCCUGCUGGGCAACACCUUCUCUUCAGUGGAAAAUCUGGCUGGGCAGCUGGUGCUGGCGCUUGACCUUCUGACAGAUGCUGGUUUCUUCCAGGCAUACGGCUCUGCUUUACAGGAGUUCGCUCGCCGCACUUUGCUUGCACCUGCUUGGCCACGCCUGAUGGGUCUCACAAAGCGGAGGUCUGGUGAGAUCGGAGGAGGUGUGGGUUGGGAGCUCCCCCAACUUGCAUUUUGGACCUGCUCGGCGCUCCGGGAUUCUGUGUUGGAGCGGCAGUUUGGCCUGGGCAACGCGUUGACAAGCCGUGUCCUUGAGGUGCUUUGCCUUCCAGGUGCUUGGAAGCCCAUUGCUGUCGCACAGGCGCGCUCGGAGCUGUACCACUCCGAGGAGGUGUACCAGAGCCUCACAUCCCGUUCCAUCGCCGCGUGGUCCAGCUGCAGUCUUGCCUCCGAGGGCUUCGCGAUCCAGCGCGUGUGCGGCUUUGGUGAGGCCGACAGCGACUUCAGGCUUUUGUCCCCGGUGCUGGUGGAGCACGACCGCUCUCAACAUGCGGAGCGGCAGGCUCUUUUGCUGCUGUUGGAGGAGCUGUUCGUGCUGCCAGGCCACAGCCAGAUGCGGGCGGCCGGUUUUCAGUCCAGGCCGCAGGAGGCUGUUGUCGUCACGCCGCGUCUGCCAGCCAAAGCAUAUGCGCUGCCAGCCACCCGAUCCCAAACGAGCGCGGAUCAGCGGUUUCUCCCGGGCUGCGGGCUGCGUGUCGCCACAGGCUUGGAUUGGCGCAGACGGCGGACUCAAGAGCUGGAUGCAAGCCGGGGAGCUGGAGGGCUACUCUAUGCUAAUGCUGCUGACAUGAGGCCUGCAGGAGUGUCAACAAAACAUCAGAGCGAAGUUUGCUUAAGAGGAUGGCAUGCUUACAAGCAGACAGUUCGGAACAUGGCCCCUACAUCAAACAGUUCGGAUGCGCUCACGGCAUCUUGUCCUGACAUGCGCGCUCUUCUCACUGCCUAA